AUGUCGACAGUCACCGCAGAGAGGAUGCUGGAGGUCGAAGGCCAAGGCCGAGUCCAACUCUCGGUCUACUCCCGGUUCAAACCUUUGCAAAAGCGCGUAAUUACAGCCAUCGCUGCUUUCUGCGGCUUUCUGGCGCAAGUGUCAACAACGAGUGUGCUUGCCGCCGUGCCCGAAAUCGUCGCAACCUAUCACACGACAGCGACGGCCAUCAGUAUCAGCAAUGCCGUCUACCUCGCAUUCAUGGGACUUUCGGCUUUCAUAUGGGGACCGUGGGCCGAUAUAUUUGGACGCCGAUCAGCCUAUCUUCAUAGCCUCGCACUUUUCCUGGCAUUCACUAUCGGGACAGCUUUGUCGCCCCAGCUGGAGUUGUUUUUCGUCUUUCGAGCAUUCACGGCUUUCCAAGGCACCUCAUUCUUGAUCCUUGGAUCUAGCUGCAUUUCGGACAUCUACCACCCUACUGAGAGAGCAACGUCUCUCGGCUGGUUUCUCAGCGGCACGACCAUUGGCCCUGCAUUUGGGCCACUUCUUGGUGGUAUAGUCGUGACUUUCACAUCGUGGAGGGUCAUCUUCUGGAUCCAGGCCAGUCUUGCCGGCGUCGCGUUGAUAUUCGUCUUUUUCUGCCUGCCAGAGACACUACACAAGACUCGCGAAUCCGAGCUUGCAGGUCUUGGAGUGGUGGAAAAGUGCAGCAAGCUCUGGAAAUGGGGAAACCCCUCAAGAAUUUUGAAGCUCUACGGCAACAAGAACUUCUUCUUGGUUUGUCUUGCAUCUUCUUCACUGGUUUGGAACAUGUACUCCCUCCUAACUCCGAUUCGAUAUGUGCUCAACCCAAGAUUCCACCUCACAACCCCGUUGCAGUCUGGCUUGCUUUAUAUCGCUCCAGGUGUCGGCUAUGUGGUAGGCAGCCAGAUUGGCGGACGGUGGGCCGACUACACCGUGGCCUCGUGGAUCCGAAAGCGUGGUAUUCGCUUACCAGAGGACAGACUCAGGAGUAGUCUGGUCUUCUUGGGCCUCAUGCUGCCGACCUCGAUGGUCUUGUACGGCUGGACAUUGGACAAGAGAUUUGGCGGUAUACCGCUACCCAUCAUCUGCAUGUUUCUCCAGGGUGUUGCGCAGUUGGCAGCAUUCCCAAGCUUGAAUGCUUACAUCUUGGACGUUAUGCAACACCAAAAUGGGGAGGCUUCUGGCAAGCUCCGAAUCUUUUCGCCAAUAGGGACGUUCGCUAAUCACUUAGGGGAUGGUCUUGAUCCGAUGCGAUUUUAA